AUGAUCGCGUUCUUUGGAGAGUUGGACGAUAUUAAACGGAAUCUGGUGCAAUACGACGAUAAUGUCGACCGGAUUGAAGCUUUACAUAAGAGAUCGCUUGCCGAGGUGGGAGGAGAACACGAGGAUUAUAUCCAAGGACAGAUUGAAAGUUUGACUCAAGACACCCAGGCAUUGGCAGAUACUCUGAAAGCGCGAAUUAAGACGCUACAAGCUAAAUCGACGCGAGACUCGACUAAAAAGACGCAAGCAGAGAAUGUUAAAAGACAGUUUCUCAGCUCGAUCCAAAAAUAUCAGACCACCGAGGCGCGGUUCCGCCAGAAGUAUAGAGAGGCAGCCGAGCGUCAGUUUCGAAUUGUUCGUCCCGAUGCCACUGAUGCGGAAGUUAAAGAGGCCAUUGAAGACAGUGCCGGUGUUCAGAUUUUCUCUCAGGCUCUGAUGAACUCGAACCGUCGAGGCCAAGCCCGUACUGCGUUGACCGAGGUGCAAACCAGACACCGCGAGAUCCAGAAAAUCGAGCAAACCAUGGCCGAACUGGCUCAAUUGUUCCGCGAUAUGGAGGUGCUUGUGGCCGAGCAAGAAGAGCCUAUCCGUCACAUCGACGAGCAAGCCGCCACAGUACAAACCGACAUCGAGCAGGGCGUGUCGCACACCCAAAAGGCCAUUUUCUCGGCCCGUGCUGCCCGUAAGAAGAAGUGGUGGUGUCUCGGCAUUGUGCUCAUCAUUGUCAUCAUCCUGGCCGUCGUCCUCGGCGUCAAACUCAGCAACUAA